UCUCCUUCAGUGAUUAAACAUGGGAGAAAUUGAUCCCAUGCGAGUGAACCGACUUCCUCCGUUGGCCGUGCUCCUGCGUCGAUGUAGCGCCAAACGCCGUCUCCGACCUCCGAAGCGUGCUCCUAGGAAUAGAGCUUUCUGUUGUCGGUGCCAGUAUUCAUAUCUUCAACGACGUCCAUCACAGUCGCGUUUGGGGGUUGUCAAAGUAGAUCAACCAUUGUCCUCUUUCGGAUCAAACACGAUGCCAAGAGGGAGACCUGAAGAUGAGUCCACUCUUCACUGGAUAGAAAGGCAAAAAGAGGAGUUGCUUAUGCGACUCGCUGCUUACAAUCGUAGUGCGAACGGACGAAAGCCCGAUUCUAAAGCAUGGGAGGAUUGGGCGAAAGAACUUCAAGAGUUUUUCAAGGAUCAAGUGACUCCUGCCAAAGUGCAGCAGAUGAAAGUCCGUCUGAAAGCCAAGUUUGAUCAUGAGCUAAUGUUACGCAAUAACACAAGACUUGGCUGGGACCCCGUAACAGGUUCUGUGACGUGCACGGAUGAAUAUUGGGAAGAUUUUGCCAAGAACAAGAAAUGGGCAAAAUCGGCCAAGAAUCAGCCUCUUAAAAACUUUGACUUGUACUAUGAGGCCUUCGGUGGUAGGAGGGCAAGUGGGGCGUUGGAGAAGGGAUUGGAUAAGCCAACAAACAUAGAGGAGGGUACAAUCCCCGUCUCCGACCAAGAAGGGGCGACAUCUGAUGAAGGUGGUAGCGAUGAUGGCUUCGUUAGCACCAUGCGGGCUGGUUUGGACAAUGCAGCUAGAGGUCUCAACAUUGCCGCGUCCUCCAAAGCCAUCGGCAAGAAACCAACCAAGUCCUCACGAAGGUUAACAGGUGAUCCUGAAGCGAGGGAAUUAAUUGGGCGGCUUGUCCCUUCUAUAGAAAGCAAGCAUAGUAGUCAUACCAAAAGCUCUAGUGCGAAUCAGACUGGGGCUAAUAAUGAUCUCCAGGACCGCUGCCAGGAAAUAGUAAAGGAAAUGGCGCUUGAUGACGAAACUGCAAUCACAUUUUUGGAGGCUAUUGUUUGGUACCCAAAUAUGCAGCAGCUUUUCGUGAAGAUGAGUGAGAGUCAGCGUACCUUAUUCGUGACAAGAACAAUCAAUACGUCGCGGACUCAAACACAUGGACUUUUCUCAAAUCCCCACAACCCUAUGGGGACGCAGUUUAUGCCGCCACCAUUUCCCAACUUCAUGUCACAACCCACUAACUAUAUGCAACCGACGCCCUUCUUUGGCCAACAACCCUCCAACAAUAUUCCACGGUCUCCAAAUUUUGGGGGACAACAACUUGUCCCACCAUUUCCUAAUAUUUCCCAAAACUACAAUCCCCAACAACCGGCCGCGUACAGUCCCCAAACACCGUACUACAUGCCUCACUUUCCACCACCACUGGGACACUUUGGUGGCGAUGGAAGUUCGGACCAGCUUUGAGUUUCCACGAAUAUUGUUUCCAUCAGUCAUGUAUUCAUACAAUUGAACAAUUGCCACUUUUAGAUUUGAACUUAGUAAUAGAGUAGAUGUUGUUUAAUUUGUUCUACUACGGCCAUGCUGGUGUUGUAUUGAUCAUGGCUAUUGAGUGGUGUUGUAUUGAUCAUGGCUAUUGAGUUGUAUUGCGGACAACAAUAUUUAUUCAUGGAUUAUGUGUAUAGACCUUUA